AUAAAAUGGAGGGAGUGGAGAGGUUUAACUUCCUUGCACAAAAGUCGUUUCGUUUUGACUUAAGCCAAGAAGAAUAUCUAGAACUAAAAGAGCUUUUGAAAAUCGAGGAUAACUUCUGGGUCUAUUACCCUCAAGCAAUGGGUGUUAUGACAGAAAUGAUGAGUGAAAGUGUAUUCAAAAUUUAUGCUUCAUUACAAAAGCCAAGUAUAAAAUAUCUUUCGUCACCUGGUCUAGAGUUUGUGCCAAUUACUAAGCACGAUCACUGGGACAGUUUUUAUUUUGGUCAGAAAAAUAGGAAAACCUGUGCCAAAGAAGGAGUAGGAAUUGAAAUUAAUUCUCAAGGUCAAGUUUGUCACGGUACAUUUAUCAAUGGGUUGGCCAAUGGGAAAGGAACUUUGAUCACCAGUUCUGACCUUUCUUAUUAUAAUGGAGAAUUUGUGGAUAACUGAUUUGAAGGCACAGGGACAUUUGUUCUAAACUCAGGGUAUAGGUAUGAAGGUCAGUGGAGGACUGGUAAACGCAAUGGCUUUGGGAUUGAAAUUUACCCAAAUGGAGAUGUAUACGAAGGAGAUUUUGUUGAUAAUAAGAACGAAGGCUAUGGGAAGUUGGCCUGAAGUAGUGGAUAUAUCUGUGAAGGCCAGUGGGAGGAUAAUGCACUAAAUGGGUAUAGCUCUGUUUCUUGGUCACAUGGAAUGGAAUAUUUUGGUAAUUACAAGAACGGUAAAAAUUAUGGAAUCGGAAAUCUUACCAAGCCAGAUGGAAGAUCACUUUCAGGAAAAUGGGCACAAAGCAAAUGUGAAGAAGGUAUAUAUUCAGACACUAAAGGAAGAGAAUAUAAAAUACCAUACGAAAUCUCUUCUGAAAAAGCAAUGUCAAUGCUAAAAUCAAAAUAA